UAAGAAAAUGCAUAUUUUAAUAACAAUUUUAAUCAUUCAAUUUUCUAUCGGAUUUGCUCUUCUAAUACCUCCUAAGGAAGAAGCAGGAUCAAAAAUUGAAGGAUUAGCUAAGGAAAAGACUGAAGAGAAACCUGAAAUAACAAAAGAAGAAAAAAGGGAAUCUGAAGAGAAAGAUGAAUUAAUACCUGAAGAGAAACCUGAAGGUAAAGAUGAGGAUUCUGAUACAAAAAAUGAAGAAAAUCCUCAAGGUAAAGCUAAAAGAGGGGAAGAUACAAUAGCAUCAAUUCGUGAAAAAGGGGAGAGAGUUAUGAUGAGGAAGGCUAGAUUAAUAUUUACUGCGGUACCUGAAUCGAAAAAUGGUAUUAAAAAGGAAGAUAAGAAAGAAGAUAAGAAGGAAGGAAAGAAAGAGGAAGAAAAAAAAGAAGAAAACAAAGAAAAGAUUUCUCAAGCAAAGAAAGACAUUACAAAGAAGGAAGAAAAAAUUGAACUAAAACCUGAAGAGAAGAAAGAAAUUGAAGAAGAGAGGAAAAUUGAAACUGCUAAAAAUAAAGCACCAUAAAAAGGUUGAAAAGGAAUAAAUAAAAUAGUAAUUAGCAAAAAAUUUUUCUGAA